AUGUCUCUAUCGCCAGAGAAAGAAGCACUCCGCUCCCAAUUCAUGAGCACGGGAAGCACCUGGACUCCGGCGUUGGAAGAAGUGUUGCAGGUAGAUCCUUCUUACUUCGCGGCAUAUCUCAAAAUGCACCAUGCCGCAUUCAACCGUCGAUGCCUUCCGCGUAAAGUCCAGCAUCUUCUGAUUCUGGCAGCAGAUGCAAGCUGCUGCACAGAGUACGGGCCGGGUAUUCGUGCCAACAUGGCUGCGGCGCUCGCUGCCGGCGCAACCCAAGCAGAAGUCCUCGAGACCCUCGAACUUGCAUCCGUCUUAGGGAUUCACUCGGUCAGCUGUGGCGUUCCACUUUUGCACGAAGUUUUGGCGGAAGAAGGCAAACCAGCGAUAUUCAAUGGUGAAUCUCACACAUGGAACAAGUACCAGUCAGACCUGAAAGACCGCUUUACGGCUACUCGAGGAUAUUGGCACCCGGGUUGGAAUGAAGUUCUUGCACUUGACCCCGAUUUCCUCGAGGCCUAUCUUGCAUUUUCGGGAGAGCCAUUUGAUGAACGUAAAAGUGUCUUUGAUCGAAAAACCAAGGAGCUGGUUUAUAUUUCCAUUGACUCGGCUAGUACGCAUAUGUUUCUUCCAGGAUUGAAGCUACAUAUCCGAAAUGCUAUCAAACUUGGUGCCACUCCGCAGGAGAUUAUGGAAGUGUUUGAACUGGCGAAUUUGAUGGGAAUUCAUAGCAUGUUGGAAGGUGUUACAACAUUGAAAGAGCUCACCAAAGAGUGA